CAACAACCUAACAACUGGAAAGAUUUAUCAGUAUGUUAUUAACAAGGAGAGAAGAGGAGACUACCUGGGGAAAACUGUGCAAGUUGUGCCUCACAUCACAGAUGCUAUUCAGGAAUGGGUUAUGCGGCAGGCUUUGAUUCCUGUAGAUGAAGAUGGUAUAGAGCCAGAAGUCUGUGUAAUUGAGCUAGGGGGAACAGUGGGAGAUAUUGAGAGCAUGCCAUUUGUGGAAGCUUUCCGCCAAUUCCAGUUUAAAGCUAAAAGAGAGAAUUUCUGCAAUAUCCAUGUCAGCCUUGUACCUCAGCCCAGUGCUACAGGAGAACAGAAAACAAAGCCCACUCAGAACAGUGUCAGGGAGCUUCGAGGAUUGGGUCUCUCUCCAGAUCUAGUUGUGUGCAGAUGUACUACACCUUUGGACACGUCUGUAAAGGAGAAGAUAUCCAUGUUUUGCCACGUGGAACCACAGCAAGUAAUCUGUGUACAUGAUGUGUCAUCUAUAUACAAAGUCCCCCUCUUGCUAGAGGAGCAGGGGGUGGUUGACUAUUUUCGCACGCGUUUGGAUCUUCCAAUUGGUCGUCAGCCCCGCAGGAUGCUUAUGAAGUGGAAAGAGAUGUCAGACAGAUAUGAUCGCAUGCUGGAAUCUUGUAGCAUUGCUCUUGUGGGAAAGUAUACCAAAUUUUCAGAUUCCUAUGCAUCAGUUAUCAAAGCAUUAGAGCAUUCUGCACUAGCAAUAAACCACCGUUUAGAGAUCAAGUAUAUAGACUCUGCUGAUUUGGAGCCAAACACCCUGCAGGAGGAGCCUGUGCGCUAUCAUGAAGCAUGGCAGAAGCUCUGUAGCGCAAAUGGUGUGCUGGUCCCUGGAGGAUUUGGUGUUCGCGGUACCGAGGGCAAGAUUCAAGCCAUAUCCUGGGCACGCAGACAGAAAAAGCCAUUCUUAGGGGUCUGUUUGGGGAUGCAGCUAGCAGUUGUUGAAUUUUCAAGAGAAGUCCUGGGCUGGAAAGAUGCCAACUCUACAGAGUUUAAUCCAAAAACAAGUCAUCCAGUGGUGAUUGACAUGCCUGAGCACAAUCCAGGUCAGAUGGGGGGCACCAUGAGAUUGGGGAAGAGAAGAACUAUAUUUCAUUCUCAGAAUUCAGUUUUACGGAAAUUAUAUGGUGGCCAUGAGUACGUAGAGGAGAGACAUCGGCACAGAUAUGAGGUAAACCCAGAGCUUAGACAAGACCUGGAGGCUCGGGGCCUGGCAUUUGUUGGACAGGACACAGAAGGAGAACGAAUGGAGAUAGUAGAGUUAGAAGAUCACCCAUAUUUUGUUGGCGUUCAGUAUCAUCCAGAGUUCACAUCCCGCCCAAUCAAACCUUCCCCUCCAUAUUUUGGCCUGCUGCUUGCCUCUGUGGGGAGGCUAGCCCAGUAUAUUGAGAGGGGAUGCCGCCUCUCCCCCAGGGAUACAUACAGUGACAGAAGCGAGAACAGUUCUCCUGACACAGAAAUUGCAGAGCUGAAAUUACCAGUCAUAAAUCAUGAAUGAUGCUAGGUGAAGUUGUCCACCAGCUGAAGAAAGUUGUACAGUU